AUGUUCCUGUAGCUGCAUAACAGGUCUUCAGUAGAUUGGUGAGAGUUGGUCGCUUGUAAAAGUUCAGCUCUAGGAUAAAUUCCUUUUUAUUUGCUCUGUGACGUGGUGCAGCUGUUGCCAUGGAGACCAAGGUAGAGCUCUAAAGCACUCCAGCAUGAAGCGGCCACUGUUGUCACCAGGAGAGGAACAAUAGUCACAGGCUGAAUGCUAGGAUAGAGCCCGGCUCUCCGUCAGUCCAACCCCUGGAAAGAAACCAGAAAUUCUCAUGCACUGCACCAAACUCAUCGUCCAAAUGUCUGCAUACAGUGAAAUGCUGGCCCGCUGUCAGAACGCCAACUAAUAACCCUCAUUCUAAGCAAAGCCAUCGGAAUAACCUAUCACAUAUAGCUACCAAGGUGCUGGGAGGAAAAAAUGCUGGAAUCUAUCUGUGUUACUGGUACUGUAUUGUGGCCACUCAGGGGUUUAGUAUGCAGAGACCAAAGGCCCAGUGCGUAUAACAGAGUUGGCUGGAGAGAAACACUCCAUUGGCCUAAAAAAGAAUUGUCACGAAAAUCUAUUCUAAAUGUGGAAAAAAUUAGCAAUUCGGAGAUUGCAAAAAUAACCCAUGGGCUGUCUGUGAGUGUUCUGCGAGACACAUUUACCACUGGAACCAGCAGUUAUAACGUCCUUCUUCAAAGCAAAGAAGAAAAGAAGCAACAGUCUCAAAAAGAAUCAUGUGUGGCACAAAACAAAAAACGUAAGAAAGGGAACAAACUCUCCAGUACCUUACGCAGCAAGGAGUACCAUAAAGCCCGUAUUUCCUCCCAGAACAACUCCUGGAUGUGUGCCAGAAAGAACGUGUCAGGUUUUAACUCCAAAGCUAGGGCAACCAGCGCUAAAUUUCCACAAAGCAUCUCUGUAGCCGGAAACAGUAUAGGAUUCUCACUUAGGCCUAAAAUCAAGUCCAGGAGAAAACAUUACUUUUCCAGCCUGACAACCGGAAAGGAGCCUAAGGUCUCAAAGACAAAGGAAGACGUCUCUGGGAAGAAAUUUUGUAUUUUAAAUGCAAUAAAGCCCUUAAAUGUUGAAAAAGAGAAAAUUAAAUUUUUUAAGGCUGCGUUUACAUACAAUCCUCAGUUUGAAUAUGCCAAUCCUGCACUGCCAAAUGUCUUAGCAAAGCACAGCCACGCCUCUGACAGGUUCCUGAAACAGGCUGUUAACAUCAUGCUGAAGGCGCUGGAGAAAUAUGGCAGUUAUGAGAAAUUUGAGCAAGCUACCGGAGGAUGCCUUCUUCCAAAGAGUCGAAUAUGGCAUCAAGUUAGAAAAUACAUGGAAAAAGAAGGAUGCCUGGGCGAGAUUGUUGUUCACCUUACAGAUGAUUUGCUUUCUCGGGCUUCUAUGACAGUUGUGAAUGGUCGACCAACGCUGACAAUCAACAUAUCCACUGCCAGAGAACAGUGGCUUGAGGGGAUGCUUAAACAUGAAAUAGGAACUCAUUAUAUUCGUGGAAUGAAUAAUAACCAACAACCUUGGAAUAACAGCGCUGGACGAAAAAAAUAUGGACUUAAGCCAGUAAAUCCGACAGAGGAAGGUCUUGCGAGCAUUCACAGUGUCUUAUUUCGCAAAGACCCCUUUUUGUGGAGAGCUGCACUCCUAUACUACACUGUUUACCAAGCCAGCCACAUGUCCUUCAGUGAACUAUUCCAAGAUGUGGGCCGCUUUGUUAAGGACCCAAACACAAGAUGGGAUUACUGUGUUCGAGCAAAGAGGGGAUAUACUGACACAUCUCAGCCAGGUUGUUUCAAUAAAGACCAAGUAUACCUUGAUGGGAUUUUACGAAUUCUACGGCAUAGAGAUACCAUAGAUUUCCGCCUUCUCACAGCUAUGGGAAAGGUUUCCUAUGAAGAUAUAGAGCGUUUGAAAGACCUUGCUGUUCUCCAAAAUGCCAGAGUUCCUCAGUUCCUCCAAGACAGAGGACGGUACAUGGAAUAUCUGGAGAAAAUCAUGCAUGUGAAUGACAUAACAGAUGAAGAUUUAAGAAUGCUGAUUUAGAGUCCACCACAAAGCAGGAGGAAGCAGGACACUAGUGCAAUAAGGUUCCUAUUUCAAUAAAUGCACAAUGAAAAUGCUGAGCUCGACAAUUUCUUUUGUUUUUUGUAAUCUUUGUAUUAAAGGUUUUAUUCGGAAUCUACUUAAAAAUACAUUUUAAAGCAUUGUUAAAUAUUAUUGGAAAAAUAAAA